AUGGCGGAAGAUGCUGGUAGUCGGAUUGAGGUGGCCAACCUCCUUUCCCUCGGCGAGGACCUCGUCGGGGUGCUCCUGGGCAGCAAGGACGGCGAAGCCCUUGCGCAGGCCUGCGACGGGGCACGGAUGCUGCGCUCCGCCUGCUGCUCCGAGUCCGGGGACCUCGAGCUCCAAGUCAAAGAGUAUGAGGAAAAAUUGAACUCCUGCAAGGAAAAGGUUGACAAGUCAAAAGCUGAAACAGUUACUGAUGAAGAACUGAACACGCUACGAAAUGAGAUGGAGGAGAAACUCCGGGGGGAGCAACAGCUUCGCCAAGACUUAAGAGCGGUGAGUGAUGAGCUUGAUAACCUAGACCGUCAAAGGGCUUCUAUAGAAGAAAGAAAGGAUGCUGUCAAGAAGAAGGAGAAAGACAUGCUGAAGGCACAAAGUAUGCUCUCCAUGUGUGUGUCAGUUACAAAUAUCAUGCCAGAUUUCGAAGAUCAGGAGAAGAUUUCUGGAUAUAUUGUUGACAAGAACAGGAAGAAGCUAGAUAAGUUCGAAUUUGAGAAGACAAUGUCACCAGUUGAGAUCGGGGACAAGCUUUGGAAAAUGAUGUAG